AUGUCGUACUUCUUCUCGACCCCCGUCGACAUCGACAUCGUGCUAGAGGAUGCCGACGAGCGGUCCAUGGUCGAUGUCAAGCUCGACAAGAACAGGCGCGAGAAAGCGCCUUUGUACAUGGACGGCGAGUCUGUCAAGGGCGCCGUGACCAUCAGACCCAAGGACGGCAAGCGACUAGAGCAUACCGGCAUCAAGGUCCAAUUCAUCGGCACGAUAGAAAUGUUUUUCGACCGUGGUAACCAUUACGAAUUCCUUUCCCUCGUCCAGGAGCUCGCGGCGCCAGGCGAGCUGCAGCACCCUCAAACCUUCGACUUUAACUUCAAAAACGUCGAGAAGCAGUACGAGUCGUACAAUGGCAUCAAUGUCAAGCUCCGCUACUUCGUCCGCGUCACAGUCUCUCGCCGCAUGGCCGACGUCAUCCGCGAGAAGGAUAUCUGGGUCUAUUCGUACCGCAUACCCCCUGAGAUGAACUCAUCCAUCAAAAUGGACGUCGGCAUUGAGGACUGUCUGCACAUUGAGUUUGAGUACUCCAAGAGCAAGUACCAUCUUAAGGACGUCAUUGUUGGCCGUAUAUACUUCCUUCUCGUCCGACUCAAGAUCAAACAUAUGGAACUGUCCAUUAUCAGGAGGGAGACGACGGGCGCAGCGCCGAACCAGUACAACGAAAGUGAGACCCUGGUGCGCUUCGAGAUCAUGGACGGAUCCCCGUCCAGAGGAGAGACUAUCCCUAUUCGUCUCUUCCUUGGAGGCUUCGACUUGACCCCUACAUUCCGGGAUGUAAACAAGAAGUUUUCGACCAGGUACUACCUCAGCUUGGUUCUCAUUGACGAAGAUGCUCGAAGAUAUUUCAAACAGUCCGAAAUCAUUCUCUACCGCCAAGCACCGGACGCAGCCCAAGGUCAAACUAUGAUCAUGGCUGCUGCCCCCGAGAACCCCAAGCUGAUGCCACAGCCCUCGCAAGCGUAG